AGUAUUUUUCUACAAAUGUAAGCUUUUCUUUUGUGCAACCUAUAAAUGUAAACAUAUAAAUUACGUUUGUAGACUAGUAGAAUCAUCAUAAACCUAUAACAUAAAUAUGAUAACUAAUCAUAGAUUUAUUAACAUUUCUCUAGUAAGGUUGUAUUAAAGGACUUAAUAAACAUAAUUGAAUUCUCUAUUUACGUCUCAUAGAAGCUAGAUCCUAGUUGUUUUCAAGCGCUAGAUUAAGAAAUAGAUUAAUAACGUGAAGACACAUAGAUCAAAAUGUAACACAAACAAAAAAGAAUUAGUACUGACGGGUCAAAAACAUAAACGUGUGUUGAGGUUUUCUCAAGAAGCUUCCAACAAAGUCUUUGUUGUCAAGUUUCAUCUUCUUAGCCUUCAUCGAAAAAUCUCAUCUUCAUCUCAGAUUUCGAAAUUUACCCCUUCGGCUUCGGUGUUAAUCUCUCGUCAGAAAAUCCUCAGGCGGCAAAAACCAGCCAUGGAUCUCCAGCCAGAAGAGCUCCAGUUCUUGACGAUUCCUCAACUACUUCAAGAAUCCAUCUCAAUCAAGAAACGAUCUCCAAGAACCUUCUACCUCAUAACCCUCUCCCUAAUCUUCCCUCUCUCCUUCGCCAUCCUUGCCCAUUCUCUCUUCACUCAGCCCAUUCUCGCCAAGCUCGACUCCUCCGACCCACCAAACUCCGACCGUUCCCGGCACGACUGGACCGUGCUCCUUACCUUCCAGUUCAGCUACCUCAUCUUCCUCUUCUCCUUCUCUCUCCUCUCAACCGCCGCUGUAGUCUUUACCGUCGCUUCUCUCUACACCGGCAAACCUGUCUCCUUCUCUUCCACCAUCACUGCCAUCCCCAAAGUCUUCAAACGCCUCAUGAUCACUUUCCUUUGGGUUGCUCUCUUGAUGUUCGCUUACAACUCAGUCUUCCUCGUGUUCCUUGCGAUCCUUAUCCUAGCUCUAUAUUUGAACAGUGUAGGCUUAGCGAUCAUCGCCGGAGUUAUAAUCUCUGUUCUUUACUUCGGUGUUCAUGUCUACUUCACUGCCUUAUGGCAUCUAGGUAGUGUGGUUUCCGUUCUUGAGCCCGUUUAUGGACUCGCUGCCAUGAGAAAAGCUUAUGAGCUUCUCAAAGGGAAGACUAAGAUGGCUAUGGUGUUGGUCUUUGUUUACCUUUUGCUUUGUGCGUUGAUUGGUGGUGCUUUUGGAGGGAUUGUGGUUCAUGGUGGGGGAAAGUUUGGGACUUUGACUAGGACUCUUGUUGGUGGGUUGCUUGUUGGUUUGCUUGUGAUGGUGAAUCUUGUGGGUUUGUUGGUUCAGAGUGUGUUUUAUUACGUUUGCAAGAGUUAUCAUCAUCAGACGAUUGAUAAGACGGUUUUGUAUGAUCAUCUUGGUGGGUAUCUUGGAGAGUAUGUGCCUCUUAAGAGCAAUAUUCAGUUGGAGAAUUUAGAGUUUUGAAUAUUGGUUUUGAGCAGAAGAAGCUCAUGAAAUUCUGGUACUGUCUCUUCACUAUCUUUCCCCCUCUCUAUAAUAUGUUGAUGUACGUAAGAUUGGAGAAGAUGUGGAAAUGUGGAAUCUGAAUAAUAGCUGCCAUGUAAUGUGUAUGUAUAGACUCACACUCUUGGUUGUUGUUUUGCUUGACUAAUCCAUUAUUUGAAGUAUUUUGAGUUUGAUUA